AUGUCCAGUGCUAGGAACCUCACAGCUGCUCUGCGGCGGGCCCGUGUGCCUCGUCCGCGUCUGGCCCUUCGCCCUGUUCAAUUCACACCCCUGACCGCGCGAACCUUCUCCGUCUCCACUCGCACUUCCGACUCGCGCCAAAUCAAGUACACCAGCGAUACCUACAACUUGAAGCGCAACCCUAACUUCGCCGAGAUUUCCGCCGACGAUGUCGCACACUUCAAAGAAUUGCUGGGUUCCCAGUCUGCCGUCAUUGAUGGCGUGACCACCGACGCGGCCGACGAUAUCGAGCCCUUCAACAGCGACUGGAUGCGCAAGUACCGUGGUCAGACCCGGCUCGUGCUGAAGCCGCAAAACGCCCAGGAGGUCAGCAAGGUGCUAAAAUACUGCAAUGAGCGCAAAUUGGCCGUUGUGCCACAGGGUGGAAACACGGGGUUGGUUGGCGGUUCGGUGCCGGUCUUCGAUGAGAUCGUGAUCAACACCUCGCGCAUGAACCAGAUUCGCUCUUUUGAUGCUGCCUCUGGUGUCCUGGUCGCGGACGCUGGUGUCAUUCUUGAGACUGCGGACCAGUACCUUGCCGAGCGGGAACACCUCUUCCCUCUCGACUUGGGUGCCAAGGGAUCCUGCCACAUCGGUGGAAACGUCUCGACCAACGCCGGUGGUCUGCGUCUUCUGCGCUAUGGAAGUCUGCACGGUAGCGUGCUCGGACUCGAGGCGGUCCUGCCGGAUGGGACUAUCGUGGACGCUCUGUCUACACUACGCAAGAACAACACUGGUUACGAUCUGAAGCAAUUGUUCAUCGGUUCUGAGGGUACCAUUGGUCUGGUGACUGCGGUCUCUAUCCAGUGCCCCCCUCGCCCUAAGGCUGUGAACGUGGCCUACUUUGGUCUUGAGAGCUUCGAGCAGGUCCAGCAGGCCUACCUUGCGGCCAAGGGUCAGCUCUCCGAGAUCCUGUCUGCAUUCGAGCUGAUGGAUGGUCGUAGCCAGGGUUUGGUCAUUGAGUCUACAGGAAACAAGCACCCUCUGGAGGGCGAAUACCCAUUCUACUGUCUGGUUGAAACCAGCGGUUCUAACGCUGAGCACGACAUGGCCAAAUUGGAGUCGUUCCUGGAGAACGUGAUGGGUGAGGGCAUUGUUGCCGACGGUGUGCUGGCACAGGACGAGACCCAGUUCCAGGCUCUCUGGCGCUGGCGUGAGGGUAUCACCGAGGCGCUGAGCCACCUGGGUGGUACGUACAAAUAUGAUGUGUCGAUCCCAUUGUCGGAUCUCUACCAGCUUGUUGAGGACUGCAAAGCUCGUCUGACUGAGAUGGGCUUUGUCGGUGAUGACGAUUCUUUCCCGGUUCGCGCUGUUGUCGGAUACGGUCACAUGGGUGACUCUAACCUGCACCUGAACGUUUCCGUGCGUCAGUACAACAAGGAAGUGGAGAAGGCGAUCGAGCCCUGGGUGUACGAGUGGAUUCAGAAGCGUCAAGGCAGUAUCAGCGCUGAGCAUGGACUUGGUGUUGCCAAGCGGGAGUUCAUUGGUUACAGCCAGAACGACACCAUGGUCAAGUUGAUGAAGCAGUUGAAGAACCUCUAUGAUCCUAAUGGUAUCAUGAACCCGUACAAGUACAUCUAG